UUUUAAAAUUGUCAAAAAUAUUAAUCAUGCAUAUAACCAACCUUUUUAUACUUUUGGUCUUUCUUGUAAAUUAUGGAAUAUGCACGUCUAGAUACACAUUAGAAACUAACUAUAUAGAAGUGCCAGUAGACCAUUUUUCCACUGUAGAGACAAGAACAUUCAAGUUAAGGUACUUAAUCUCUACCAAAUACCAUGUAAAAGGAGGACCGGCGUUUGUAUACACUGGAAAUGAAGGUCCAAUCGAUAUAUUUGCCCAAAAUAGCGGAUUUCUAUUCGACAUAGCACCAAGAUUUAACGCCCUGGUAAUCUUCAUUGAACAUAGAUACUAUGGACAAUCCUUACCAUUUGGAAACAAAUCCUUGACAUCUCCAGAAAACUUGAGGUACUUAACUACUUCUCAAGCUUUGGCUGAUUACGCUUACGUCAUAGAAGAUUUAAGAAAAACUUACUUCGGUACCAUGUUGACCAUCGAUACAAGUCCUUUUAUAGCUUUUGGUGGGUCUUAUGGAGGAAUGCUAGCAGCUUGGUUGAGAAUGAAGUAUCCUUACAGCGUUCUAGGUGCUAUAGCUUCAUCUGCUCCCAUUUGGUACUUUCCGGAUUUAACACCCUGCGGUACUUUUUAUGAAAAGGUUACUAGUGUCUUCGAAAGAUAUGGAAAGGAGGAAUGCACUAAGAUGAUUAAAAUUGGAUGGGAUAUUAUAAACAAAAUGUCAAAAACUAAAGCAGGCUUGAAAUUUAUUUCAAGUUCUUGGAGUCUUUGUAAGAAUUUGCAAAAUGCACAAGAUGUCGAGAGAUUACUAGAUUGGUUAAGCAAUAUUUAUAUCAAUCUGGCCUUGUCAAAUUACCAUUACCCGACUGAAUUUCUCACCCCACUUCCAGCUUAUCCUGUUAAAGUCUUCUGCGACAAGCUAACAACCUCGUACUUCAACGACUCUAAGAGUUUGAUAGAACACUUCGGUUAUGCUUUGGAGAUAUACACCAAUUAUACAGGAACCAAACAAUGCAAUAAUAUUAACAGUACUAUAGAAGAUCCAAAUGAAGUAGCUUGGAAUUACCAGUCUUGUACUGAGCUUAUAAGACCUACGUGUUCAACCGAAAAGGAUAUGUUUUUUACAAAGACUUGGAGUUACGAUGAAUUCGCAAAGUGUUGCUUGACGAGAUAUAAUAUAAAAAGCCAGAGACGUAACUGGGUUAUUAAUGCAUUUGGAGGCUUCAAUAUAAAAUAUUUUUCCAAUAUUGUAUUUAGCAAUGGAUUACUUGAUCCCUUGUCUUCCGGUGGCGUAUUACGGAAUAUUAGUGAUACCAUUGUUGCGGUCAAUAUAACCGAUGGUCCACACCAUGUCGAACUAAGAAACUACGACCCCUCAGACAAUAACUACGUUAUCAAUGCUAGGAAAUUUCAUAUCGCUGCUAUUAAGCGUUGGUUGGAUGUCUAACAUUUUUUCGCAAUGGAUACUGUUUAGACCAUCUAAUAAAGUACCUUGAUUUAA